AGCAAGACGAGACGACCCCGUUCAACAACGUCCUGAUCGAGCCCUAUGGCAGGAGCGACAACAUGUCCGGUAGAGAGGCCACACUCCUGGACACGUGCCACUCUCUGGAGGGCGCCGGACUUCCGGUGGAAACGUUCAUGACGGAAUUCGCCGCCGCGCAGUUUGAGCUGACUUUUCGACCGGAAGAAGGCGUGGCCUCCGCCGACACGAUCAUGGUGAUGAAAGAUGGCGUCAAGUCGAAUUUACGGCGGAAUGGAAUGAUGCCCACAUACAUGGCCUGCCCCUUGGAGAGUGGCCACGCCAACGGGUUCCAUUUGAAUCAUUCUCUGUGGACGGCAGACGGGGCCAACGCUUUUAUCGACGUCACUGAUCCGAUUAACUUGUCUGAGUUAGCGCGUCAUUGGAUCGCUGGAUUAGUCCACCACGCGCCUGCGUUAACUGCCCUUCUCUGCCCGACAGUGAACUGUUACCGACGCCUGGCAGAUGUUCUCUGCCCUCAAUCUGCCACAUGGGGAGAAGAAAACAGACGAGCUUUUCUCCGAUUAAAAACGGAGAGGAAAAAUGUGUACCUCGAAAACCGGCUGCCCAGCAGUGCUUCGAACCCGUACCUCGACCUAGCGGCGACACUGGCAGCCGGCAUGGACGGCCUAGCCAGGAAACUGACUUGUCCGGUUCAAAUAGACCCUGAAGCCCCGCCUAUUCAUAAAUCUAUAGACGCUGCGGUCAGUGCUCUAGAACAGGAUGAAGUGCUGACACAAGCGCUGGGCGAGGAUUUGGUGAAAGGCUUCAUCAACAUCUCCAAAAAGGCCAUGAAAGCUAGAGACAUGGGACAUAGCUCUCACCAGUUUCACAGGAGCGUAUAUUUCCACGCUCUUUAAAUACAGAUACAUUUAUUUUUAAAGUAGGUUCAGAGAAGAAACCAUAACAGAAGAACAUAGGAUAAGUAAAUUAGUAUUUUUUUUAAUGUCCUUUAUUUUCAAAUAGAAAUAAUUACAUCAGCAUAUACAAA